AUGGCACCGAAAGCAAUUUACCAAUCAAAAGUUGAGUUUGGUCCAUGGUACAUACAACAGUUACAGCAAAGUUGCUUAGGCGCAGCAGCAGGAUAUUUCUUCUGGACAGGAAUAUCAAAGUCCGAUGGAGCACCCGCUCAUAAUGCCAUUAUUAUAAGACAACAGUUAAAUGAAAUGUUUAGAAAUCGAUGGAUGGGAACUCACGGGCCAGUGGAAUGGCCCCCACGGUCACCUGAUCUAACACCAUUAGAUUUUUUUUUAUGGGGUCAUUUAAAGACUGUUGUUUAUGCAGAUCCACCAGCAAACUUACAGGAUUUAAAAAAUAAAAUAACGGUAGCGUGCAGACAAUUAACAAAAGAACAAAUUUUGGCAGCAACCUAUAGAGAAGUGAGUCGUCGAUUGGAAAUGUGUUUAGAAAAAAACGGAAGAAAUUUUGAACAUUUUAUUAGAUAA